AUGCUGAGCCGGCUUCAGGAGCUACGCAAGGAGGAAGAGACCCUCCUUCGGCUGAAGGCAGCACUGCACGACCAGCUGAUCCGGCUCAAGGUCGAGGAGAUGGCCCUUCAGUCAAUGAUUAAUUCUAGAGGAGGGGAUGAAAUGCUGUCUUCUCAAUCUGCACCUGAACAAUCACAGGAUAUGUUGGUGCAUGUAGACAACGAAGCUUCAAUCAACCAGACUUCCCUGGAGCUGAGCACAAGGAGCCAUGCUCUUGAAGAGGAGGAGGAAGAAGAGGAAGAAGAAUCUGAUUCAUGAAGGGGGGAAAGA